CACAGAUGUAACAAACAAAUCCAGAAAAUAUACGUACUCACGUGCCAAAUCUCGGGCUAAGAAAUCCCCGAGCCUCUGCAACAUCUCGGCCCCGACUCAACUUCACUUCAUCACUUCCUUUCAGUCAAUACCCAAAUCUCUGAGCCGGACAUUCGUAAACUCCAGAUUUAUGCUGUUCUGAACCAAUUGAAAAUCAACAUGAAGUAUAAGUAUUCCCACCAUUUCCUUCAUCACAAGAGAGCCAAAUCAACACGAUAAACAUCUCCAUACAUCUUUUCAACCGUACUCGCCCCAAAACUACCACCAUGUCCCCCAAACCUCAAAUCAAAAUCGCCAUCCUCGGCGCCGGCCCCGGCGGCCUAACCCUCGCCUCCCUACUCUCCACCUCCCCAUCCCCCCAAAUAUCCUACACCCUCUUCGAUCUCCGCGCCCGUCCCUCUCCAGUCCAACUUUCCCUCCCCUCCGGCUCUCUCGACCUCCACGCCGACUCCGGACUCCUCGGCCUCUCAGCCUGCAAUCUCACGUCUCAAUUCCAAGCGUUGAAGCAGGAAUGUAGCGAAGCGAGUAUUAUUGCUGAUUCGAGGGGAGAGGUGCAUUGGUCUGAUGAGGGAUUUGGUCAGAGGCCGGAAAUUGCGAGGAAUAAGCUGACGGAAUUGUUGCUGGGGCAGGUGGAUGAAGGGAGCGUGAGAUGGGGAUGUAAGGUAGUGGGUGUGGAGGAGGAUACAUCUUUUUCCUCUGAGAAGCGGAGAUGGAUCGUUCGAUACAAAACCCAAGCGCCAUCCAACUCAGAACCAGGACCAGCAUCAACACCACCAGAAAUAAAAGAAGAAUCCUUCGACAUCCUAAUCGGCUGCGACGGCGCCCACUCCCGCAUCCGCUCCCUCCUCACCCCCAUCCACCCCCACUACAGUUCCAUCUCCUGCCUCACCCUCACCAUCCCGCACAUCAGCACCUCCCACCCCUCCCUAUCAAACACUAUCGGCACCGGCUCAUUCAUGGCCAUGUCCCACCUCAAAGCCGUCAUGUCCCAGCGCGGCGCCGAAGACUCCGCACGCGUCUAUCUCAUGCUCCGCACAGAAUCCGAAUCGCACCUCCAGGACUACGGGAUCGCCUCUUUGUGUAGUUCUCCGUUGAAACUCAAAGAGAGACUUUUAGGUGAUGAAUCGCUUUUCGGGGGCUCGAACUGGGGGGAGGGGAUUAGGGAGUUGAUUUCUGUGGGGUGUGAUGCUGAGAUGGAAGCUAUGGCUAAAGAAACUGAUAUGGUAUCCAGUACUACCAAUGAGAAGAAGAAGACUUAUGAGAGAGAAGGUAUCACCGCUCGCCCCCUAUACAUGCUCCCCGUGGAUUUCACCUGGCCUCACAAGCGCGGCCUUACACUCCUAGGCGACGCAGCACAUCUCAUGACACCUUUUGCUGGCGAGGGAGUGAACUGCGCAAUGAAAGAUGCGCUGGAGCUUUCAAAGGCGAUUUCUUCCUCUUUCCAGGACUCGACAUCCAAGUCAAGCACACAAGGACAUCUGGACUCGAAUGGGGUUGAAGAAGUCCUUCAAAGAGUAGACACGAACAUCGCCGCCUAUGAGAAAGAGAUGUGGCAACGCGUGCAUCCUAUCCAAGAGGAGACGCUGCGGAACCUGCAUAUGAUGAUGGAUGAUGUGGAUGCGCCGCGGGGGUUCGUCGAGUGGAUGAGGGGGAUGAUCGAGGCUGCUAUGGCUGGGCAGGGAGCUGCCGAGGAGAGAGGCGAUAUGAGGGGAGGGAAUGAAAUGGAGGAUACGCAAAAUUGAAAUUGAAAGAGAAAAACACGAAACGGCGAGCAGGCAAUGAAUAGCAUGGAAUCGAUGAAGCAGUUAUUGCUUCGAGCGAGGAUAGAGACGGGAUCCUGGCUGCCUCGACUGUGACUAUAAACUGGUUGCGGAGCUGAGCAGAGAAAUCAAUGCCGGCUUUGGAGGUUGACAAGAUGACAUUUACCUUGCAAGCCAUCUUAAACAACAAAAGAGAGCUACGUGUAGAAAUAGGUAUAGAAAUAGAAAUAGAUAUAGAAAUAAUUAUCGAUAUAAAUGAAGACAUAAACACAAAUCAACAACAUCCUCCCUCACCGUCCACGACCCAAAAUCUUCCAUCCAUCCAACCCUCAACCAAACUCCGCGCAUAGAAUGCUGACACAGCAAAGAAAGGAGUAUGGCGUGAAGCAGUAGACUAAGUACGCUUGAUAUUUUAUUGAAAAGGAAACUCGAAAAUUUUCCUGUUCUUACAUCCCGGACAUGCUAUCCACACUCAUUCUCCCAUCUUCAUCUUACCUAAGUAGGUAAAGCGAGCAGGUAGAGAAAGGACGUAAGUGGGCAUGGUGUGGUGUGGUGUGGAUCCAGUUCCAACUAAGAUUACCUUGCGAGGUACCUGCCUGCCUACCUUCAGCGAAUCCACCUCGGCCUGCCUGCACAAACGAAAGUGAUCGAAACAAUUCCCUCAAUGAAAUAUCCCCCAAUAAUAAAAUAUCCCUCAAAUUUCGUCUCUCCUCCUCUCUUCUCGUCCCUACUUAUUUGACUGAUGCUGCCUGUCAAUCACUAGCACAUUUCGAUGGCGACGUGGAGCAGAAAUUCACACAACCAGGGUAUAUUCUUAAAGUAAUAGCCUAAUGCACGCACGCAUGCACGCGUGUGUGAGAGAAAGCGAUGAAGUGCACGCUUUUGCAACUGUCCAGUAUCUUGUACACAAAGGCAAGCAAAGCCAUCAGCUAAGCUGACCCGAGAACUCAUUGACCAUGAAAACAUCCAUCCGAUCCAUCCGUCCCGUUGACCUCGUGAAAAAUUCCCUAAUAUCCAUCCAUCCAUCCACUGUCCGAUCAAUUCAAUCUAUUCCUCCUCUAACGAGAAUCCAGCGGCAUCUCAUCAUAUUGUAAUCGUUUUUCGAUUAUGAUUGUCAUUAUGUUGCGAGAUGAGAGUCAUGAC